AUGCCACCAAAGCCAUCCGCCAAGGGAGCCAAGAAGGCCGCUAAGACCGUCACCAAGCCAAAGGAUGGAAAGAAGAGAAGAGCCCACCGCAAGGAAUCGUACUCUGUCUACAUCUACCGUGUCCUCAAGCAAGUUCACCCAGACACUGGAGUCUCCUCCAAAGCCAUGUCUAUCAUGAACUCGUUUGUCAAUGACGUCUUCGAGCGCAUCGCUGCUGAGGCCUCUCGUCUUGCGCACUACAACAAGCGUUCUACCAUCUCUUCUCGCGAAAUCCAGACAGCCGUCCGUCUGAUUCUUCCAGGAGAGCUUGCCAAACACGCCGUGUCUGAAGGAACCAAGGCCGUCACCAAGUACACUUCCAGCAAGUAA